AUGGCGGUACUGUUACAGGGUGCCUCAGUAUUUACCUCUGUAUACACAGGGCUCCAGCAUGGAAUAUGUGAAAUAUCCAGAACUGUGGCUUUAUCUAAGCGGGUAGAUGUGAAAACAUCCCCUUUCCAUAUGGUUAUCCAUUCAGAUCCAGAUGUCAGACUUCAGAUGGACCCUAAAUUAACAGUGACUCACCUGGACAUCUCCCAUGCCAGCCUGCUCAGCAAAACCUGGUCAUGGGGGGGUGACAACCCAAGGAGCCAGAAGUACCUUGGUAACCUUAUUUGCUGCUUCCCCAGUGUUUGUGUCUUGGAUGACAAUGGGCAUCUGCUCUCCUGGAGCCUAACAGAUCGGUUUGCCACCAUGAUUCAUGGUUAUACUCUUCCACAGCAUCAGAGGAGGGGUUAUAGCAGGCUUGUGGACCUUUUAGCUAAGAAAUUACAUAGCUGUGGCUUUCCAGCACAGGGUAAUGUCCAGGAGACGAAUAUACCAUCAAUAACUUUGCUUUAAAGCGUGAACGCCCGGUUUCUUUCGUGCCCAUUUUUCACAGUGAUUCACACACCUUUUCAUUUUUUAGCCAAAUCUCACUUGUAUCCAAACCUUACCAACCUCUACAUUCAGAUUAACCUUUGUGCACUUCAGCAGCAUUUUGGUGGAACUUAA